AUGGGGGAGGGGAGGCGUGUUACACGUGUCGAAGGCUGGUUGGUUGGUGAUACAACACCGGGGGGGCAUGCUGAGUGCUUUGUCUAUAUAAGGCAAAGUUUGGUACCAUUUUCAUUACGAGGAAGAGUGUUCUUUGAGUGUGUUGCUAGUGUAAUGGAGGGUACUGCAAACUUGGUAGUGUAUCACAACGGUGAGAUUAUACAGAAUACUCAUGAGGGAGUGAGGUUUGUAUGUCAAAAUCCAUUUUCGUUUGUGAUUCCAUGCACCAUGACAUUCAUCGAGCUUCAAAACGGUCUCUAUCAAAGCAUGGAGAAUAGUAUACUGAGGAGAUUUGAUAUCAUGCCGAUCAUUGACGAAGAGAGUAUGCAAAAUAUGUUUCAAAUUCACCGCCAGACUCAAAUGCAACAGUCACAGAUUAAGCUGUAUGUUGAGUUUGAAAACGUAGAGACAGCAGAGAUUCAAAAUAAUUUAGAUAUAGAGGAUGAUAGAGCCGCAGUGUACGAAGGAAUAAACAGUGAUAGCGAAGAGGACUUCGAAGCCACUUAUGAAGCUGGCGAUGAAGACGAGGAUGGUGAUGUGAGAGUCAAGGCAGUAGCGGAGAAUGUAGUGGUUCACCCCGCAGUUAGUCAAUCGAUGAACGUCCCACCUUUUAUGCGUAAUUUGGAUCUUGACGCCAUGAAUGCACCGAAAUUCUUAGAAUAUGCAAAUAUAGGUGUUGUUGAUCCUGAGGAUGGAGAGUUUAGGAUCGGAAUGGAGUAUAGUUCUAGAAAUUUUGUCGUCGUAGCAAUCAGAAGUUACACUAUCUCUAGAGGAGUCGACUACAAUGUUUAUGAGUCUGAACCACUGACGUUCUAUGCAAAAUGCAAGAAGUUUGGGCGUGGAUGCGAUUGGCUUAUUCGAGCCAGCUUGAUACGGAAAAAAGGUUGUUAG